AUGAGUUUUGGUGUUAAAUGGAGAGCGUGGAUCAAAGGGUGCCUCCGUACGACAUCGGUUGCGGUUCUCAUUAACGGGUCCCCGACUCAUGAAUUCCCUCUAGGAAGGGGAGUAAGGCAAGGAGAUCCCCUGGCCCCACUCCUCUUCAUCCUUGCUGCCGAAGCUCUUAAUAUCAUGAUGUUGGAGGCCUCUCGAAAAGGUAUUUUCAAAGGUAUCAAACUUCCUAACUCCGGGCCUGAAAUAUCGAUUUUGCAAUUUGCUGAUGAUGUCUUGAUCAUGGGUGAAUGGACAAGAACGAAUGCCACUAAUCUGAUUCGGCUGCUGCGUUGCUUCCAACUAUCUUCGGGGCUGAAGGUAAAUAUGCAGAAGAGUAAUAUCAUGGGUGUGGGGGCUGAUUACGAGGAAGUGGUAUCUGUCGCUAGUAGACUUCAUUGCAGACCUGGGCUUUUUCCUUUUACGUACCUUGCUUGGAAAUCCAAAAUUCUCUCUUAUGGUGGUCGGCUUGUCUUGAUCAAAUCCGUCUUAGGAAGUCUGGGUUUGCAUUAUCUCUCGCUUCUUAAGGCUCCUACCUCGAUCAUCAACAAACUGGAAUCUAUUCGCUCGAGGUUCUUUUGGGGCGAUAAAGGAGGAGUGAGAAAGAUUUCUUGGAUCAGUUGGAGUACUACGUUGGCGGAUAAAGAUGCUGGCGGUUUGGGGAUCAGUAGUCUUAGAGCCCUCAAUCUGGCGCUUCUCGCUCGGUGGUGGUGGCGAUUCAAAUUGGAGCACAAUCACAUUUGGAGACUGGUUAUCAUUGCUCUCCAUGGUGAUGAUGGCGGCAUGAACAACUUGGUCAGAAAUGGAAGAUUUCCGGGACUCUGGAGGAACAUUUUAAAAAUCCACAAGGAAUACAAUAGCUUCAAUCUUCCUUUUGCGGACUGGUUUCAAAGAGAUCAAAGCUCUAACGGGAUCAAUAUCUCUUGGCGAUGGGCUCUGACUUCUCACGGUAACUUCUCGGUCUCUUCGAUAAGAGCUGCGUAUGAUGCUAAUUCGCUUCUCCAGGUUAGUUUCAGAAAUUCUUGGUGGGUCACUCGGGUUCCCUCUAAAAUUAAUAUUCUUGCUUGGCGUCUUCUUCACAAAAGGCUUCCGACUAAAAUUAAUCUUGCUAAAAGAGGUGUGGUUUGUCUCUCCUCCCUAUGCCCUCUGUGCGAUUGUGUGGAAGAAGACGAGGAACAUCUUUUCAUAGGAUGCUCGAUAUCUCGGCAAUUGCUUAAGGAUUUGUGCAAAUGGUGGAAAGUGGACAUUGGACAGGUGAAUUCUAUUGAUAAUCUUCUUGACCGUAGCGCGGAGGUGGCUGGGAAUUUUUCGUGUAAGAAGGCGUUUAUUGGAGUGAUGUAUGGAUUCUUCUGGAUUAUUUGGAACUUGCGCAACCGCAAAACUUUCUCUGUUCCUUCUCAGACGACGGCUACUUUUUUUGCGGGCCAGCUUCAGGCGUAUUCUUUUUUCUGGUUUAAAAACAGGGUGCCGAAAGUUGUUAUGGCGACUAGUUGGAUAGAGUGGUGUAAUUCUCCCAUGUCUUGUUUUUAA